CCGGGCGGCCCCGGCGGCCCGCGCCGCCGAGGCCCCGCGGGGGUCGGAGCUCACUGAGCUCAAGCACAUCAAGGUGUACCGCGGCCUGCAGUCCAACUGGCAGGCCCACGACGCCUACUCGCGCGCCUGCCUCGCGCUGGGCACGUACACGCUGCUGCACGCCGUGGCGUACUACUGCAUCGGCCUCUUCCUGGUCGAGCUCCGCUCGCCGCUGUCCGCCAUAGGCUGCGCGGUUGUGCUGCAGACGCUGACGCUGCUGCUGGAGCGCCUGGACAUAUUCGAGGGCCGCCUCACCGCCUUCCUCUCGGCACUGCUGAUGUCUGGGCCCGUGAUGGCCGUGGUGUCCAUCACGCUCGAGCUGUGCCAGAACGACGGCCACGUGAUCCUGGUGCCUGUCAUCUUCGUCUUCCACGCCAUGCUCAUCAUCCACGUCGCCCAUGUCGCGCACGCGGAGCAGGCGACCGACGCCUCGGGGGCGCCCACCUCCGCGCUGCCCACGCGCUUCCGCACCGUGCUCUACGUGGACGUCCUGGAGAACCUGGCCGCCGCCGGCGCCGGCCACAUCGAGGGGCUGCCGGAGGCCGUGCGGCGCAGCCGCGACCGCUUCCGCAGCCUCUCGGCGGCGGCGGGCAGCACCGCGGCGGCUGGCAGCCAGGCUCAGGCGGCGGAGCGGCGCCAGGGCGCGGGCCCGCGCGACCUGUGGCUGCGGGUCGACUUCUGUCCCACGGAGCGGUACGGGAUGGAGAUCUUCGUGCACCCGGGCUCCGGCGACCAUAGGCGAACGCAGCCGGAGUCGGCGAUCAUCUCGGACCCGGACGACGUUGUCCGCAGAUUGGAGGAGCUGAGCGAUCGGCUGCGGGCGUUGCAGGCCGACGAGCUGAACGAGCAGCGCGAUGCCGAGGAGCUCGUGAGGGCGGCGACGCAGAGCGAGGCGGCACAAGGCGGGGCUCCCGCGAGCGGGGCGCAGGAAACGCAUUUCGGCGGCCGCGAGGCGCUGGACAUCAGCAGCACCGACGCCAUGGACCCGCGCAUCGCGGAGGGCUAUGGCCACUCGGGCGCCGCCCAGCAGACCUUCCACCCCAGACGCGACGGCCGCAGGGAGUCCUCGGUCCCGCCGGGCCGGGUGCCGUGGUACACCUUCCGGGCCUCCAGUCGCCUGCUCGUAGCCCUGUGGCUGGCUGGUGGCGUCUUCUUCGUGUUCAAGGAGGUCGCCCCCAUAGUGCGGGGGAAGGCGGGGAAGGCGCCCCGCACCGGAGGCGUCCGCGGGGCCCGUGGUCUGCCCGCGCUGGAGGGAGCCCAGCUCGCGCUCGGCCCCGGGCCGCGCCUGCCGCGCCCAGGGCCGCCGCAGAGCCCCCUCGGGCUCGCCUGCCACGACCCCGGCGGCCCCGGUGGGCUCCGGCUCCUCGUGGCCGAGCGCUUUGGCGUCCGCCCCGUGGUGCUGGGCGGUGCGCCCGGCGCAGCGCCGGAGGAGGAGGAGGAGGAUGACGAGGAGGCGGGCGUCGCCGCAGGGCAGGCGGAGCGCUGCCUCUCGGCCCAGCCGGGCUUCCUGGGCCGCGGGCUGGCCGGGGCGCAGCUGGAGUGCUGGGAGGGCCUCCGCGGCAACUGCUCUCUCGUGCUCCUCGGCGCCGACGGCGACCGGGCCCUGCGCUGCCCGCCGGGCCGGGGCAGCGCCCCGGAGGUGGUGCUGCUGCCCCCCGGCCGCUGGGCGGCACUCGCCGUGCCGCGGCGGCGGCCGGGGGCCGCCUCGCGGUGGUGGGCCUUCGCGGCCGGCGCCCCGCCCGGCACGUUGCCGCGGGCGCCGGUCCGCCUGCGGGUGCGGCGCGGGCGCGGCGGCGCGCUGCUGCGCGCGGUGCGGGAGCCGGGCGCCCCGGACGCGGGCGGGCCCCUGCCGCCGAGGCCCGGGGCAGAGGCCGAGGGGCCCCAGCGGCGGGCGGCGGCGCCGCCCGCGCUGCACGCGCUGCUGGGCGGCGGGGGCCCGAAGAGGAGCAG